AUGGCUACAACAGCACCUACCAUCUCAUCACAGAUGACUACUGAAUCUAUAGUUACAACUGAACCUACAACUUCUAUAAAAGGGACAACAGCUAUAAUUUUGCCUACAAGAUCAACGGAAAAAAAUAUGGAGUCAACAGCUACAACUGAUUUUACAAGCAGUGAUGAACGCAUGACCCCAACAGAGGAGAAAACAAAACCAACAGCUGGAAUUGAACAUACAGACUUGACAGAGAGGACAACUGAAUUUAAUACAUUUACAACUAAAACCAAAGCGUCAACAGAAAGAACCACUUCAGCAACAGGUUCGCUCGAGCUAUCAAGCUCGAUAGAGAAAUCAGGCUUACCAACAGCUACAGCUGAACUUAUAGCUUUGACAACAUUUACAACAGAAUCACCAUCUACAAUAGAUUCAACAUUUACAACAGAGUCAACAUUUACAACAGUAUCAACACCUAUAACAGAAUCACCGUCUACAACUGAAUCACUAUCUACAACAGAAUCAACAUCAAGAAAAUCAACAUCUAUAAUACAAUCACAAUCUACAAGAGAAUCAAUAUCUACUACUGAAUCAGUAUCUACAACAGAAUCAACAUCUACAACCGAAUUAACAAUAAAACUAGUAGACACAACGUCGACAGGAGAUAUUACUACACAAACAAAGAAGAUUCACCUCACCGAAAUCAAUACCACAUUAUAUGAAUCGGAGUUAACUUCCCUCAACCAGUGUAAGGGAAUUGUCUUUUCCCGAGACCUGAUGAGAUAUUCUAAGGAGAAACUACAGAAUGCUCCUGAACCCAAGGCUAAGGUCCGUCCUUUGCCAAAGCAAAGAAAUUCUGAUCCUGUCCAAAGGAAGCCUGUUGAAACUAGUUUCACAGUUAAACAACUCAUCAAAGGGGUGAAGCACGUGGGUCUAAUUUUUGUCUCAAGGCCUACAUGGGUGCCUCACAUUAAAAAGUUAAAGGACUACAUGAACCUGAUUUACUUCACGAGACUACAAAGGUUCAACCCCUUUGAGGAUAGCCGAUCCUAUGAGACAACAACUGGAUCCAUGGCUGCAACUUCUCAUACCCUCUCAUCAGGAUUGACUACUGAAUCUAUAAUUACAACUGAAGCUACAACUUCGAUAAAAGGGACAUCUAUAAUUUCACCUACAAGCACAACAAGAAAAACUGUAGAAUCAACAGCUACAACUGAAUUUACAGUUGAUGAACGUAUGACCCCAACAAAGGAGAAAACAAAAUCAACAGCUGGAAUUGAACAUACAGACUCGACAGAGAGGAAAACUGAAUUUACAUUUACAACUGAAACGAAAGCGUCGACUGAAAGAACGACUUCAACGACAGGUUAA